AUGGCCCGUGAGGUGUCCGCACUGGAAGUCUGCAGCUACCAGAGCAUCUUGGCUCACCUAAACCUGACGAGGGGCAAUGAGGUGUUCACAUCCGCUCGACCCGUGAAGGACUGGACACACCCCACGGUGGUCCACCUGGAUGUCUUCCUGUACGCCAUCCUGGCGGUGAUUGAAAAAUCCCAGACCUUCAUCCCGUUCAUCUGGCUCUCCAUGACCUGGAACAACGAGCUGAUCUCCUGGGACCCGGAGCAGUUCUGCGGGAUCUGCCAGGUGGCCAUUCCCCAGGACAUGCUAUGGCAUCCAGACCUCAUCAUCCUGGAGCACACAGAAGAUUACAGCAAAAUCUUCAAGAUGCCAUUCAUUCAAAUCACUCAUAACGGGAGUGUGUCCAUAGAAGAUGGCUUCAGAGUGACCAGCACCUGCAAGAUGGACGUGUAUAAGUUUCCCUUUGACAUCCAGAGCUGUGUCCUUUCAUUCAGCUCCGUACUCUAUGCAGAUUCUGAAAUUCAGUUAUUGCCGGUUUCAAACAACUACUGGCUCACGCGCGGGACACAGCAGUAUCUGCAGACUCAGGGCGAGUGGGACUUCGUCAACAUCUCUGUGACAGAGGGGGAGAUCAAAAUGAGAAAUGUAACAUGGGAUUCGCUCAAUUACACGAUCACCAUUAAGAGGAGGCCCCUGUUGGUGGUGAUGCACUUCCUCAUGCCCAUCCUCUUCUUCCUCCUCAUGGACCUGUCCACCUUCCUCAUCUCUGAUGUGGGAGGAGAGAAGCUGGGCUUCAAGGUGACCGUGCUCCUGGCCAUAUCGGUUCUGCUGCUCAUGCUGAACGAGACCCUUCCUUCCACGGCCGGUCGGACACCACUGAUCGCCACCUACUGCAUCGUCACCUUCUCCCUCCUGCUGGCCAGCCUCCUGGAGGCCAUCGUGGUGAAGCACCUCAUCGAGAGAGACGACGCCGCCCGGGCUCCAGCUGAGGGCGGGCUGUGCUGCCAGCAAGAGGCGGAGCGGGUGAACACCUGCGUCUGCAGGGAGGAUGUGGCGGUCGCGGGCGAGCCGGGGCGCGGAGGCGAGGGCCCGUCGGACUCCCAGCUGCUGCGGCUCGCGGUCCAGGAGCUGUGUGCCCUGCGGCGGGGCGGCCUGACCCGGGACCUGGGCUGCGGGGACACGGCGGCGCCCCCCCGCUUCUGGAGGACGGUCGCCCGCCGCAUAAACACAGUCUUCUUCUGCCUCUAUCUCCUCACCUCCUGCUCCUUCCUGCUCUACCUCUGCCUGGAGUGGACCGCCUAGCCGCGGCGUUCCCAAAGCUGUUGGGCCCAUGAGCAAAGCCCUGAAGCCCCGCAUUGCUUGUCCCCUGCUUAGUCUAAUCAAGUCGCUUUUGAUAAAGCAUCAGCUAAAUAACAAGGUAUUAUUAUUCUUAGUAGCUUGAGAUUGUGGAAGAACUGAAAAAGUAUUGUGUGUGUUUUAAGCGCCAUGUCCUGUUCACUGCUUUGUUUCUUCGCUGUCUGGAGUCUCAAGUGCUUUCAUGAUCUCUCUCUCUCUCUCACUCACUUUAACCAUGUCUUUCUCUAUGUGUUGGCUGGUUCUCAACCUCCCUGGUCAAUCCACUUUGCUUUAUUGUGUAUUAAGUGUCCAUGCAUUCUGAGGCUCAACUGACACAUUCCACCUCAUUGGUCCUCAUGCAAGAACCAAUCAUACGAGCAGAUUUGUUCUUAAAUCGCCUGUUUGAGCCAUUUAAGAGAACUUGGUGCAUUCAUCGCAUUUCCUCAGGUAGGAACAACAUUUGCGAGUGGCCCCGGGGCAUCGCGUAAAGAACGCAUUCACUUCAUUUCCUACGGAGAGCCUCGCAGUGCAGAGCUGUGGAUUGCGAUAAACUUGGUAUUGCACAACAAAUAUGAAUCAAGAUUCAGCAACUGCACUGCACAACUAUUUCUUGCCUCAAAUGUUUUCAGAAACGUAUUUUAGUGGACUGUUCCGGAAGAAUAAGAUAAAGCUCAACGGUCCGCCACAUUAUUAUGUUUUGUCAAAAAAAAAACAAAAAAAAAAACCCAGUCAGGUACUGACUACAGGAAACAUCCCUUGUUCCUGUUAAUCCCAUUGGCCAGCUAUCCGAUGGAACUCCUCCUACAAUACCAUAUACACUGUAUUAUUAUGGACAUCUUCAUUUAGUACAAUUUUCUGGUGUGUUUGUUGAACUUGGUGCAACUCGUGCGAGGCCUUUUACGAUGAAUUUUUGAUCAGAAUACGAAAAUGUUCUUGCAUGAGGCCCAUUGUUUCCAUUGAGAGCUCCUUGUAGUUAUGUGCACCAUCGAGCCCUAUCCCCCAAACACACACACACACACACACACACACACACACAUUAUUACAUCAU